AUGUCCAUCUCCAGUCUCAAUGCAGCAGAACAGACUUUCACUUUUAGUGCUGGUGUCAACAUGAUAUGGCUCGACCAAACCCUGGCUUGGAACAAAACUGAAUAUGAUGAUAUUGAAAACGUGACCAUAUCUGCAGAUUACGUGCGGGUUCCUUCUGUUGUCAUCCCUAAUGGUAUCGACGAGGUAAGACUGGAUUCAGUAAAAUCUUCACUGAUUCAAAACAACGGAGAAGCAUCAGUUAUUAUUACUGACACUUUCAAGACCAGUUGUCAGAUAGACAUCACCAUGAACCCCUUUGAUGAGCAACAAUGCAGCAUGAUGUUAAUGCCGUCGGGUAACUUUUAUCUUGGAGUUGAUAUGGCUGGCUCGAUUAUGGGGGGAGUACCGACAUUCUUCAUAGGGAACAAUGAAUGGAAGUUGGUUGACCUAUAUGCCUACGUUGAAGAUGUACCGAUGGGACGGAUCCCAAAUUUGGUGAAAUUUGAUUUUUGUUUGAAACGCAAGAGCAUGUUCUAUAUAGUGAGUAUCAUCUUUCCCAUGACUCUUCUCUCUCUGCUCAACGCCUGUGUGUUCCUCCUACCAGCUGACUCCGGAGAGAAGAUGUUCUACCUCAUCUCCAUAUUUGUGUCAUAUGCAGUGUUCAUGAACUUCGUCAAUGACUCAAUCCCAAAGUCCGGAGACGUGUGUCGGCUCUCAGUGUACCUGACCCUUGUCAUCUGCCAGAGUUGCCUGGCUAUCAUUACCACUAUGGCCAGCCUCAAUGUUCGCAGUAACAGCCUUCUGUUUAAGUCCGAGACAGGUGUACAGCCAAUGAAUGAUGAAGUAACCACGAACAGCACUGAACGCCCACAUUCGAAGUCCGCCUCAAAAUGA